AUGUCUGAUCCAAACCAAGCCGGAACUGAAGUCAAUAUUGAAAUGUGGAAGAUCAAGCGUCUUAUUAAAGGCUUGGAAGCUGCUCGAGGAAAUGGCACUUCUAUGAUAUCUCUUAUUAUUCCUCCUGGCGAUCAGAUUGCUCGUGCUGCAAAAAUGUUGGCUGAUGAAUACGGCACUGCGUCCAAUAUUAAAUCUCGAGUCAACAGACAAUCUGUGCUCUCUGCAAUUACCUCUACUCAGCAGCGUCUAAAGCUAUACACUCGUGUCCCUCCAAAUGGCCUAGUCGUUUAUUGCGGUACGGUUAUCACAGAUGAAGGAAAAGAAAAACAAGUCACCAUUGACUUUGAGCCAUUCAAGCCCAUCAACACAUCUCUCUAUCGUUGUGAUAAUAAAUUCCAAACCGAGGCAUUGUCUGAAUUACUAGAGUCUGAUGCCAAGUUUGGCUUUAUUGUCAUGGAUGGUAAUGGCUCGCUCUUUGGCACGCUGGCUGGAAACACUCGUGAAGUUCUACACAAGGUAUCUGUUGAUCUUCCAAAAAAGCAUGGUCGUGGUGGUCAAUCCGCACUCCGUUUUGCUCGUCUUCGUGAGGAAAAGCGUCACAAUUACGUCCGCAAAAUCGCAGAACUCGCAGUACAGUUUUUUAUUACCAACGACAAGGUCAAUGUUUCUGGCAUUGUACUGGCUGGUUCUGCCGAUUUCAAGACCGAACUCUCACAGUCUGACCUGUUUGAUCAACGUUUGCAAGUCAAAAUUGUUCGCAUUGUGGAUGUGUCUUAUGGUGGUGAAAAUGGGUUUAACCAAGCCAUUGAAUUGUCUGCAGACUUUCUUGCCAAUGUUAAAUUCAUUCAAGAAAAGAAACUCAUCCAAAAGUACUUUGAUGAAAUAUCUCAAGAUAGCGGCAAAUUUUGCUUUGGAGUCGAAGAUACCCUUAAAGGUCUUGAACUUGGUGCUAUCGAAACCCUUAUUGUUUGGGAAAACCUGGAUUACACUCGAUAUGUCUUUAAAAAUGCUCAAUCGGGAGUAGAGAAUGUAAUGCAUCUCACCAAAGAACAGGAAAGGCAGCGGGAGCUUUUUGUCGAUCCAGAAACUGGAAUAGAUCUCGAGAUCGUGAAUAAAAUGCCAUUGCUCGAAUGGUUUGCAGAAAAGUAUCAAGACUUUGGCGCUACACUAGAGUUUGUCACAAACCGAUCUCAAGAAGGCGCUCAAUUUUGCAGAGGGUUUGGUGGUAUUGGAGGUAUUCUCCGAUACAGAGUCGAUUUCCAGCAGUUUACUUAUGAUUCUGAUGAAUACCUUAGUGAUUAA